CAAAAUCAAUGAUUCCCAUGCAGGUUGACUGUGGUGCUUUCUCUCUCCCUCUCCCUCUCUCUCUUUUUGGAGAGGGGGAAUAACCUACUUUCGGAGAAGUGUGGACACGCUCUACCCACCCAUACAGACUAUGCACCAUUUUACGCGGGUUUAUUGUUUCCAUUUUAUGGCAGUAUGAAAUAGCCUAUCGAUUUAACUUGUCCUAUUUCAACUUUGGCCAAGAUUGGAUUUUUUUUUUUUUUUUUUUUUGGUAUUAUUUAUUUAUUUUUUUUUAUGAACGAGCUGGGCUGGGCAUCUCCGGCCGGACCCGCCUGGGAGCAGAGGAUCACAGGGACUGAGUGAGUCGCAGGUCGGAGUGCGCAAAGCAACGCGCCCCUGUGAUUCAUCCGCAGUUAGCAGACGGUGCGCAGGUGGAGGCGAAGAGAGGAGAGGAAGCAGCCGCUCAGGACGGACGGAUGAGACGGUCAGGGGAUGUUCAGCGCGUAAGAUUUACUCCACCUAAGGAACGAACUGUUUUUUUCCCUCCCUCUCUCGGUGCAUGCCUUGAUUUUUUUUAAAAAAAAAAAUUUGGAACCCACCAGCUUGAUCUGGCGCAGCUGUAACCUCGUCUUGUUUUCUCUUCUCCACGACAAAGAAAAGUUUGACUGUUAAAAAAUGAUGCUCUGCUCCGCUCCUGUUUUCUCAUGCAAUGCUGUGGAUUCCGGCGUCAGCCUGAGUGGCCAGUCAUCACUUGAGAAAUAGCUGCGAGUCUUUCGGUCUUUUCUUUUUUUUCCCCCCUUCCCUUUUGAAUUUCGGUGCCAAUCUUCCACAAACAGAGGGCUUUUUAUUCUCGCGCAUCAUCGCUCGCCCGGGAUUGCGUCCAUUUGAAUUAAUGUCGCACUCCAUAAUGGACUUCCUCGGACUGUACUUCUUGCAGCUGGCUCUUAUUGGAGUCCCGCGUAUGGCUCUGUCGAUGGGCGGGAGGGACUGCCUGCGUGCCGGAGACACCUGCUCCAGCGACGACACCUGCAGCCCGCGACUGCGCACCCUCAGGCAGUGUGUGGCGGGGGACGGCAGUGUGAAGCUGGGGCCCGGGGCGCGAAACCAGUGUGAGAACGCCAUGACGGCGCUGCUGUCCACCCCUCUGCACGGCUGCCAAUGUAAACGAGGCAUGAAGAAGGAGAAAAACUGCCUGAGUAUCUACUGGAGCCUGCAUCAGUCCGUGCUGCACGGACUCAGCCUGGUGGAGAGCUACCCGUAUGAACCGGAGGAGAGAGGCUCCGACUACGUUCGUCUGGCCUCCAUCGCUGCAGAGUCCGAAGUAACCACGGUGAACCGCUGCCUGGACGCCGCCAAGGCGUGUAACAUCGAUGAGACAUGUCAGAAGCUUCGCACGGAGUACGUCUCGGCCUGCAUCCAGCCGUCAGCCCGCUCGGGGCCAUGUAACCGACCAAAGUGCAACAAGGCGCUGAGGAAGUUCUUCGACCGCGUUCCCCCUGACUAUACCCACGAGCUGCUGUUCUGUCCCUGCACCGACACGGCCUGCGCAGAGCGCCGCCGGCAAACCAUCGUGCCGUCCUGCUCCUACGAGGACAAGGACAAGCCCAACUGCCUGGCUCAGCUGCGGACUUGUAAAGCAGACUACGUGUGCAGGUCUCGCUGGGCGCAGUUCCAGCAUGAUUGCCAACCUGCGGAGCAGAGCGCCAGUGGCUGCAUGCAGGAGAACUACGGAGCAUGUCUACUUGCCUACACCGGCCUGAUGGGAAGCACAAUCACUCCCAACUACCUUGACAACUCCACAUCCAACGUGGGACCCUGGUGCUCCUGCGCAGCGAGCGGCAACCACAGGGAACAAUGCAACGACUUCCUCGCUUCUUUCCACGACAAUGUCUGCCUGAAAAACGCCAUCCAGGCCUUUGGGAACGGAUCAGAUGUGAAAACGGGCGCCAGCCAGCCCGGGAUGCCCAGUCCAGCCACCGACAACCAGAGCCCGCACUUUGCAACCACCGCACCGGGAGUCUCCAUGGAAACAGAGCAGAACAUCUUGAGAGCACAGAUACCUACUCAGGUAAACGAGAACGACAGAUUGUGGGGCGACGAGGGAGACUCCACUCUUCCCUCUCCGGGCCUGUCGGACCGCGGCGCCGAGCCCGUCCGCCUCUCGCUGCUGCUGGGCCUCGGCUGGCUGCUCCUGCUGCUGCUCUCCGACCAAUAAGAGGCCGCGCUCACCUGGCCUCCAAGGACAAAACUCCAGAACCAAGGGGGGGAGGGUGGGUGUGAGAGAGAGGGAGAGAAAGAAAGAGCCAUUUCUAUGUGUCAAAGGACGGUGGAGGGGGGGAGAACGGGUCGCCUCGGUCCUGCCCCGCUCCCCUCGCUCUCACAAAAAUCACACUUAAUCUCUUUUUUUUGUGAAUCAUGACUCAGAGCAGAUGUGUUGUGCAGCCCAAACCUUUGAGAACGACCGCCGGAGAGGGUGCAGUGGGUGGAUGGAUGGAUGGAUGGAUGGAUGGAUGGAUGGAUGGAGGGGGGGUUGGAACCAGGAAGUACACACCUCAUUUCUUGCUUCAAACACAAACUGUUAAACGACACACACGCCGGGACUUUGCUCAUCAGAAAAAUAAGUGAACGGGGCCUGUGGGUUCAGAAGGUGUACAGCGAAGAGACACUGAUGACGCAGUGCUGGGGAAAAAAAAAUAUAUAUAUAUCUAUAUAUAUAUAUAUAUACAUAUAAAACAAAACAAAAAAAAUGUUUGUUUUUUUUGUCCCUGAACAUUCCUUGAUGUAAAAGAAAAUAUUAAAUGUUAAGACUUUUCUCUCAGAUGAGCCGUGAUGAAGUGUUACACGAGAUUUAAAGGUGGAUGUGUGUGUGUGUGUGUGUUUGUUCCACAUGCAGCGCUCUGAUCAUACAGUUAACACAGUUUUUUUUUGUUUUUUUUAUUUAGUUAGACGGAGGCACACGUUAUAAUAACCAUGAAGGAAUUGUUUGGCUGGUUGUUGUGUUUUAAGUGGCAGGAUGAAGUUUCCAAAAAUAAAGAAAAAAAACUUUUAAAACAUUUGAAUUACCAAGAUACAGAGAACCUCCA